AAAAGGGGGGACUGGGUGCGCAGGAAGGGACAGUGGAUACUGUGGCCCCACAGCCAGAGUGUCCCCUGCAUGCUGAAUCCCACAGAUGGGUAUCAAACCUCAAGGGUGGCUCUGGGCUGUUUGGACCUGGCCACCGCCAGCAUGUGAGGGCAACCAAGCAUCUCUCCAUGUCCAUCCUAGGUAAACAGUCUGCACUGAGGAUUUUGGGAACAGGUGCAGUGCCGGGGCAGGCAAUGAGGCAGGCAGGAGGAUGCAAAGAGAGCACUGGAGAAGCUGGCAGGGUGGGCAGCUGCUGGGCACAGCGGUGUGCAGCAGCACUGGGGAAGGCAGUGCCGGCAGGGGAGCACUCAGCCGGCGCAGCAGCCAGGAGCAGAUGUUCCCUGUGGGACACUGCAGGCCGGGAUUCCCCGAAGUGCACAUGACGCCUGGAACUGCUCUUGGCAGGGAUCCGGAGGGCUGGCCCUGCUCUGCACAGGCAGUACAGCCCUGCUUCCUUGCCUGGAGCACGGCUGAAAAACCUGGCAGACAUGGCUGUGCAGCCCUUUGGCACACACCACCGGCACAGAAAUGCGGCUCUCCCCCUUGCUGGCUGGACUGGAGAGCAGCACCGGGCCCUCCUCAGCCACUCACACCUCCCCCUGCACUCCCCCCAUGGGGCCAUCAAGGCCACCAAAGAGCUGGGGAGAGGACAUGCCACUGUGGGCUUGACUCUGGGCUGGUACUGCCCGGGGAGGCUGGCACAGGGCACAAGGCAACCCCAUCUCCUCCAGGACUGCUCCUCCUCACAUCCUUCCUCCUGCACGUGAAAGAGGACCGUGCCAGCCCAACACGGUUGGUCUGUGACAACAGACUUAUCCAGAAAUACAUUGUGGAGGCCAAGGACAUGGAAAAGGGAGUGGGCCAGUGCCAGGCCCUGCCUCCACUCAGCUGCCCUGCAGUGCUGCCCUUGGUGGACUUCACUUUCCAGCAGUGGAAAUCCAAAUCGAACGAGACCAAGCGGCGGGAGAUCCUGUGUGACCUGGCCCUGCUGGUGGGUGCUGCAGCAGCGGCCCAGGGCCAGGUGAGCAAUGAGUGUGGGGCCAGGCAGCUGAGCCAGCUUUACCGACAUGCCAACUCCUUCUUCCUGCUCCUGCAGACCUUCAGCUGGGAGGCAGGACACUGGGAGCCGAGCUGCUCCCCACACUCCAUGGAGCAGACCCACAUCACCAGCAUUUUCCUCACCUACCGGCAGCUGGUACAGGGCAAGUUGAGCUUCUUCUUCUAUGACCUGGCCAAGGUCUUGUGCAAGCAAGGACCAGGGGACAGCAGAGACCCUCCAUGUGGGGCCCGGUGAGGCUGAACGCAGAGCUCAAAGCGAUGCUGGAGCAAUCCUGCAGGACACUAAGCUGUGCUCUGGGUGCCCAGGAAGAUGCCCACGGGGAAAAGGUUGGCACCUCUUCCUCAAGUCUUCAUCAGCCAUGCAGUGCAUGGAGGCAAACAGUGACACUCAUGUGCCAGCAGGCACAGGCCCUGCUCCCAUCUGGGCAGGCACCUCUACUGUGAAUGCUUUUCGA